AUGUCCCUCAACAACUUCCAAAGGGAACUGCUCAGGGCGCCGGCACUGGCCCCGCGUGCCCGACCCCGAGCUCCGCUCACCUGGCCCGGACGCGAGACCCCGAGACCUGAGCGCUCCUCCGGCCGCCGCUCGAACCCGGGCAGACUCCGCGGGGUGGGGCCCAGCACUUCCGGCCGCGUCCGCCGCCGGCCCCCGGGCCCGACCAAGAGCAAGCGCGGGGGCGCGGGGGGCGAGCGGGCCGGGGGCGCGGCGGGGGCCGGGGGCCGGGGGCCGGGGGCUCAGCCGGGCGCAGGACACACGCGGGCGAGUGCGCGCCCCCCGCUGCCGGCCCCGCGGCGAGACCCGCCGUCUGCGCUGCCCCUCCCGCCGCAGGUGGUUGCGCCCGCGCCUCCGCCUCCGCCUCCGCCUCCGCUCCGGGCUGGCCGCUCACUGCAGGGGCGGGGCGGGGCGCGGCGCCGGGGCGAUGGCCUUGUAUGGGAGCGGGCGCCGCGGGCUCCGCCCUGCCCCAGGGCCCCCAGCGGGUCUAGGGGCGCCUCCCCCUGA